CCACUGGACGACAAUGGCACUGCAACCGCUUAGCCGUGUAGACUGCGCGUCAAGUCGUCGGUGACUGAUUCUCAGAAAUUGCGACCAAACUGACAGGAUCUGAUUGAGAUUUCAAGACCGAGAGGCAUUAUACCUGCCUUGCUGCCUCUCUGAACCUCUCAUCCUUCAUCGUCAGGGCAAGGCGUAGUAUCACCAGCUCAUCUGCUGUUACAGACGGGCUCUUGAUCUGCAGCUCAGCACUGAUGGCGGAGGCAGUAAUCCUUGCCAUCUCAAAGAUUGGUACCACUUUAGGAGAAGAAGCCACCAAGGCUGUUCUAGCAAAACUGUCUGAAAAGGUAACAAAUUUGAAAAAUCUGCCAAGGAAUGUAACAAGAAUAGAAAAGGAACUGAAGAUGAUGAACAAUGUAAUACAAGAUUUGGGCACAGCAGAUAUCAGAAAAAAUACCGUCAAGGGUUGGAUUGCGGAGGUGCGCAAGCUGGCCUACCAUGUUGAGGAUGUAAUGGAUAAGUACUUGUAUCAUGCUCAUCAAAUGCAGGAAGAUGGGAAAAUGAAGAAGUUUGUGAAAGGAGCACAAUAUAUCAAGAUUUUUGAUGAAAUUGCUGACGAAAUUGUCCGGAUGGAAGAAGAGAUCAAGCAUGUUAAAGAUCUAAUGAAAUGGUCUCUUUCGGCAGAGCUCAUGAGUACAAAUACACCUGAUGAUAUUGAGAGACAAAUAUCUGGAGGCUGCCUGCCAGAAUUUAUUAAAGAUGAAGACCUUGUGGGGGUUGAAGAAAAUAGGAGAAAAUUGACUGGAUGGCUGUAUUCCAAUGAGCCGCAUGGUACAGUGAUAACAGUGUUCGGCAUGGGUGGACUGGGAAAAACUACAUUGGUAAAAAAUGUGUACGACCGGGAAAAGGGAAACUUCCCUGCUCAUGCUUGGAUUGUUGUAUCGCAGACCUACGAUGUGGAAGAAUUGCUGCGCACUCUACUUAUGAAGGUUGCAUACCGAGAGCAAUCACCAGCUGCAAACAUGAAUAAAAUGGAUGUUUAUGAGUUAACAGAUAAAAUAAAGAAAAAGUUAGAAGAUAGCAAGUGCUUGAUUGUACUGGAUGAUGUAUGGGACCAUGAAGCAUACACUAUGAUGCGCAAUGCAUUCCAGAAUCUCCAGGAAAGUCGGAUUGUCAUCACGACAAGGAAGGAAGAUGUGGCAGCUCUUGCAUCCUCAAAAUAUCGCCUUGAGCUCCAACCUUUAGGCAACACUGACUCAUUCAAUCUCUUCUGCUCGGCGCUCCUCCUCCUCUCCUCCUCCCACUUCCUCGUCCGCUCAGCCAAACUUAUGGAGGUGGCUACUUCUAUAGUCAAGAGGUGUCAAGGUCUACCGCUAGCGAUUGUAUUUAUGGGAAGCCUGUUGUCCUCAAGGAAACAAACAGAAUAUGCCUGGAAUCAAACAUACAGCCAACUUAGAAAUGAGAUGAUAAAAAAUGAUCAUGUCCGGGCGAUCCUAAAUCUGAGCUACCACGACAUGCCAGGAGACCUAAGAAACUGCUUCUUGUAUUGCAGCAUGUUCCCUGAGGAUUACUCCAUGUCAAGGGAGAGCCUUGUGCGAUUAUGGGUUGCAGAAGGCUUUGUAGUGAGAAAAGAUGGUAACAAACCAGAGGAUGUAGCUGAAGGAAAUCUCAUGGAACUCAUUCACCGUAAUAUGUUGGAAGUUGUUGAGAAUGAUGAGCUCAGCAGGGUGAGUACCUGUAAGAUGCAUGACAUUGUGCGCAACCUGGCUCUUGAUGUUGCUAAAGAGGAGAUGUUUGGCUCAGCAAGUGAUAAUGGCACAAUGACGCAGCUGGAUACAGAAGUUCGUCGCUUCUCAACAUGUGGAUGGAAAGAUGAUAGCGCACCAAGGGUGUCAUUUCCGCACCUCCGAACUCUAUUGUCCCUUCAAGCAGUUUCAUCCUCCACCAGCAUGCUGAACUCAAUUUUUUCUGGAUCAAACUACCUUAGUGUUCUCGAGCUGCAAGACUCUGAAAUCAGUGAAGUGCCGACAUCCAUAGGUAAUCUGUUUAAUCUGCGGUACAUUGGCUUAAGACGCACCAACGUAAGUAAGCUCCCAGAAUGUAUUGAGAAUCUCUCUAAUCUGCAAACUUUAGAUAUCAAGCAAACCAAAAUAGUGAAAUUACCACGAGGAAUUGUUAAGGUCAAGAAGUUGCGGCACCUUAUAGCUGACAGAUAUGCUGAUGAGAAACGGACAGAGUUCCGAUACUUCAUUGGAGUGGAAGCUCCUAAAGGGUUAUCUGGUUUGGAAGAACUACAGACUCUUGAAACUGUUCAAGCCAGCAAGGAAUUAGCAGAACAGCUGGAGAAGCUGACGAAACUGCAAAACUUGUGGAUUGAUAAUAUCAGUGCUACUAAUUGUGCAAAGCUUUUUACUGCUCUGUCCAAGAUGCCACUUCUUUCAAGCCUGCUUCUCUCUGCAUGUGAUGAGAAGGAGGUACUCUGCUUCCAAAAUCUCAAUCCAAUAUCCAAGAUGUUCCAUAGGCUAAUUGUCCGAGGGCAGUGGGCCACUGGGACACUGGAAUUGCCGAUAUUUCAGGAACAUGGUAAAAAUCUCAGGUACCUAGCUCUAAGUUGGUGCCAACUUGGAGAGGAUCCACUUCGAGUGCUCGGGCUACAUGUUCCAAACCUCACAUACCUGAGACUUAACAACAUGAAUAGUGCAAACAGGUUGAUCAUUACUGCAGGAUCCUUUCCCAAGUUGAAGACAAUUGUCUUGAAGCUCAUGCCAAAUGUCAACCGGCUGAAGAUCGCAGAUGAUGCACUUCCAGUCAUUGAAGGUUUAUACAUCGAUUCACUGGCAGGGCUGGAGAGAGUCCCUGUGGGCAUUGAAAACCUUUUCUCCCUGAAGAAACUCUGGCUUCUCAAUCUGCAUCAAGACUUCAAAGCAGACUGGAUUCAUAGAGAAAUGCACCGGAAAAUGCAGCAUGUUCCAGAUCUGCGUGUUUAGGAGUGGUGUGCUACAUCUUCCUUCGAUGAAUAACUUGAAAAGUGCAUCUGCAUUCACCCAAUCCUCUCUAAAAAGACAUUGGCUCUGGUGUACUUGGUAUCUGUACAUCUGGUUCAUAUUUUUCUUCAACAAGUCAUGAAAUAUCGACUCUCUUAGUCUCUUUGCCAU